AUGUCGAAAGAGCUAGCCAAAGCAACCUUUGAUUUCCCCAGAUAUCUUCUCCCCUCCGAGAAUUGCGGGCGGACUUCCUCCAACCCCGCCGAGAAGUACUUGGAUGGGCAUGUCUCCUAUCUUCGCUGCACCGGAUGCGCAGCCCAUCUCUGUCUGACAUCUCAGAUCAUCAGUAAAGGCUUCACCGGCAGACAUGGCAGGGCCUAUCUUGUAUCCGCCGAACCGGUGGCCAGCGCGGUUUCGAUGAGCGCAUCAUCGUCACCAACUGCCUCCCUUCCCAACACCACCUUGCAACACCCUGUCCCCCGCCAGCUCGUGACGGGAGCUCACACGGUCAGUGAUAUCAGCUGUGCAUUCUGUGGCAGUAUACUAGGCUGGAAAUAUGUCGCUGCUGAGGAAGAAUCGCAGCGCUAUAAGGUGGGCAAGUUUAUACUGGAAACCAAAAAGAUCACGGCCACUUCGUGUUGGGAGUCCCCGCCGGGGAUGGACCUGCCUACCGGCGAGAACAACUACUCAGGCGGGCGUCAACAGGAUUCAGCGGACCAGGAGUUUGAUAGUCAGGAUGAGGAUGAAUGUGAAGACCUGUUCGCGGGGAUCUGGAGUCCAGAACUCGCCAGCCGGCGCCGAAAGAUCGUCCGACGACCGGUGAUGUUCGGAAUCUCCUAA